AUGCUCUCAAUCGAUAGCAGAUCAAGGAGACUUGGCUACUCAAGCAAGUUGCCCGCCCUAAUGUUACCAUCCACUACCGCAAAGAACAGCCCGAUAAACCAAGACCUCGCCGCUCUCAUAUGGUCUCAGCCGCAUCUGCGAUCGAUAGUCUACUCCUACAGCUCCAAGGGUACACUCGCUAAAAUCGCUACUCUUUGCCGAUCACUUUUUGCUGAAGCAGUAAAUGUACUGUACAAGGAUAUACAUUUGGCCACUUACAAACGCAUGCUGAAGUCGGUCGUAUCGAUUACGAGAUUACGUCAACUAAGUCAUUAUGCAUCCGCAGUACAUAAAAUACGAAUCGAUGGAUCCAUCACAAAUGAAUAUCAAGAACUGUUCAACCGUUUCCCCAAUCUGCGGAUGAUCGUUUCGUACGACGAUACACUCCGACUUAUCCAACACCCAUCAGAUUCUCUCUCGCCAUACACAAUAUCCUUCCGUCGAGCCCCUCGAUGGCACGUCUCCUGCUCUCUUCUCGACAAGAAACUAUCUCUUGCUCAGUUUACCGAAGAGGAAUGUCCUGUGCCGAAAGAAUGGAAAACUUCCCAUCGACUGGCUUCGCUUGAUAUUUCAUAUAAUCGUCAUGAUUACAACACUAGCCAAGCCUAUUUAGAGCGCAUCUCGAUCACAUGGAAGAAAAAUCAAGGAAUAUUUACGAUACUUUGUGAUAGAUUGACUUUGUCUUUCACUACCCCGGGUGAUUGGCUGAAUGAUAUAUUCAUAGCUAUGCGAAGAGGUGAUGUAAGACACAGAAUCUUCCAGGAGAUGAAUAUCCAUAGGAUUACGAAUUGUCGAAACAUUGACUUCACCAAUGGCACGGAUGAUAAAGCCACCUUGGCCACGAUCAUUGAGAACGCCAGUUUCUCAGUGAAAAAAUUGAUCAUUGGAUCAUCCUAUUUGUAUUCAAGAUCGCAAACACCGCCUGAAGAUCUCGGGAUGAACCUUGUCAAUUUCCUCAAGACUUUCUUCCAGCCGGACCUCAGAUUCACUUCCGCUUUUCGAGAAUUGGUUCACCUAAAGCAUCUCACUCUAAGACUGGGUUGUUAUCCCUCGAGUAUCCGCGACCUAUCUGAUCUAGACAUGAAAAUUGAGGCUUGGGAAAACCCCUUCAGCUUCCAAAAGCUCAGAUCUCUUCGUAUCGAUCUAUCUCUCUGGCAUGAUAACACCCUCGAUCAGCCCAUGCUCACCGAUCAACAAUCUAUCGUCAUUAUGGCUAGUGCAAUGCUAAAGAUUGGGGGAUUCGGCUGCAAGUACGAGCUAUCUUGGGAUUCGGCUUACUUUGACUUUGGAACCCCGACGGAAGGUUUGGCACAGCUCCAGUCAUUCUGCAGAGAAGUCGGAAAUGAAAUCAAAAGGAUGAUCAGCGAUAGAAAGUUGGAAUUGGACAAACAACAACCGGAAGCCUCGGUUGGCUGGAAACUUGUUCCGCCAGAGGAAAGCAUUUAG